GACAAUAAUGAUAUAAAAAAAUUGACAGUUCAGCAAACUCAAUUUUAUUUCUAAGUUUAUUUUAGUAAGGGUUCACGAACCCCUUAAAGUGACAUGUGAAUUUAUUAAGCAUUUGGUUGUUGGCAGGGUCAGAUAUAGAGCUUGAAGGACUAAUGGCAUUUCCACAUCAUUUAAUUAUUGACAUUAUAUAUGAUUAAAUGACAAAUAAAAAAUUAAGUGAAUGAUAAACCACAACUAUUAACUAUUGAACAGAAGUAUAUAUAAGAAUACGUUUAUCACUAUUUUGCUCAAUUUGAGGCAAUAAAAAUAACUUUUAGCUACCCUGGGUGCUGGUUAUUGCCACUGCAGUCAAGAUACGAUACAUGUAGUACAUGUACAGGACUUGAGUAAUUGUUAGUGAUUAAUGGAGGAAAUGAUGAUCUUGUAAUUGUUAUAAACAGAUGUGGCCUAGCUCAGCUUCCUGUGUAAACAUUGGCAUGCCCGUAAAAGAACUCUUGACAGUUGGAAUUAAGAGUAGGCCUUAGCAAAAGUUCCCUUAUAGCACACUGCAUGGUGUAUGCCUGUCCUCAUUAGCACAGUCGGUAUAGAAAAGUAGGACUGUCAACCCCAUUUCAUUUCCUAGCUUAGCUGACCGUAUAUUUUAAUUAAUUUCAAGUGCAGGACAAAAUGGAUGAAUUUGAAGGUUUAUCAGUUAAAUUUAAUCUGGAUCGUAAAAAUACCCAGACUUCUUCAAAUUCAAAUUUGUCUGAAAAUCAAACACAAAAGACAACUCAAGUGUCAGAAAUUUGUUUUAAAAAUAUAAUGGAUAUUUGUGAAAAUCAUAUUUUAGGACAAACCAAAUCUGUUCAAGAAAUUGUCUCCCUUUGUUCCAAAAUAACAGGUUAUGAAUUUUACUGUAAUCAGAUCGUGGCCUUUUGUAAUCAGAUUUUUGCGGAGACUUUAAACAGUAGCCACACAAUAAUAAAACUUUGUAAGUCAUUCACAGAUAUUGACCUGGCAAAGGAGGCAUCAGUGAAUAUAAGUGACACACAAUCGUUAACCCUAAAACAUCCCGCAGAAACUAACAUUAGGGUUAAAACCGUUCAACCGUCCACUUCAACUGAUAGUUGUGUUCCAAAGAAAUGUUCUGAUAUUUCGUCAGUUUCUGCCAUAAAUGAAUUAAAAGAUGAAAUAUCCCCUGGGACGAAAAAUCUGAAAAAGAAACCAAGAAAAUCUUUCCCUGUAAAACUUUCAAAUGCAAAGAUCAAGAAAGUUCCUGAUCUUGAAUCAUCUCAUCACGAUACUGAAGAUUUCCUGGAGGUGGAUGAUAAAAUUGACUCGGACGAUGAAGAUGAAGAUGAUGAUCACGAUCAAGGCGAAUCACAAGAAUCGGACGAUCCUGAAUUUAAACCCAAAGAAAAGAUAACUCGGCGUACAAUUCACAAGUGUAGCAUUUGUGAAAAGACAUAUAAAACGAAGAAAAUGUUCAUAAAACACAUGGAGGGUCAUGGUGUGAGCGUUGAAGAUUUAAAAUUUGAGAAAAAGGAUCGGGUGAACAGACUGAGUAGUAAAAUACCAGUUACGGCAGAAGAGUUGACGUGUGAAUAUUGCGGUCGUUUAACCGUGACUAAGAAAGCUCUCACGGAACAUAUACGAACCCAUACAGGCGAAAAGCCCUAUAUCUGUGAACUGUGUGGAAAAGGUUUCGCUCAGAGUGGAAGUCUUAAAUCUCAUCAGUUGAUUCAUAUAGGCACAAAAUCGGUGGCGUGCGAACUUUGUGACUAUACUUGUCUGAGUAAACGACGAUUAAAACUUCACAUGGUCUGUCAUUCUAGCGAGAAGAAAUACCAAUGCGCAGAAUGCGGAAAUAGGUACGCUCGCAGCACCUCAUUAAAUAUUCAUAUGAAUUCUCAUACUGGGGCAAAACCUCACGCCUGUGAUCAGUGUGAUAAACGCUUUGCGAGGAGAAGUCACAUGGUUCAGCACAGGAAAAUUCACACGGAAGAAAUGCCAUAUUCUUGUGAAAUCUGUGGUAAACGAUCGCAUCAACCAUAUAAUAUUGUGGUUCAUAUGCGAACCCAUACAGGGCAUAAACCUUUCUCUUGUGAAAAAUGUGGCAAACAAUUCGCUCAUAAUGUAUCACUACGGCAACAUAAAAUCAACUGUACAGAGAGAAUCGACACAGAGGCUGUAACAAACUUUUUAAGCAUGACGUAAUAGACCUUAUUUUAUUUACAUACAUAUAGAUGUAUGGAAUAACAUUAUUAACGUUCAAUGUUUUGACGACGGUGUUCUGGUCUUCAUGAAUCAAUUGAUACAUAAUAUUGGUUAAAACCCUCAGUGCUUGUUUUUUUUUCCAUUCAUUUAUGGCUUUUUUAUUACAGUAUAUUUACUUAGGAUUCAACCUACAUUUUAAAUACAUGUCCAGUACCGACCUACACCAGGCCCUCUACAUGGUGGGGGGAUCACGUGGCUAAGUGGGUAAGACGCUGGCUCGCUAGCCUGGAGGUCGGGUGUUCGAUCCCUGCAUUUGCCGAGAAAGUUCAUCCAGAUUUUCCGGCGUGGUUUCCCCUUGUCAGUGAUGCAGGACGGAGGGCCUGACAAGGACAGCUGUCUAGUCAUUCGGAUGGGACGAAAAACCAUUGGUGUGCCCGUAAAAGAUCCCUUGGCAGUUGGAAUUCGAUAUAAGAGUAGGCCGUAGUGCCGCUGCCCGGGCAAAUUUUCCCUCAUAGCAUAUUGUAUGGCAUAUGCCCAUCUUCAUUAGCCCAGUUUAGGAGUAGGACGUUAAACCCCAUUUUAUUUCAUUUCUACAUGGUGGGUUGAGUACAAGAUUACAAGUUCCAUUAAAUGAUCGAGAGAAUUGAAUAUUUCUAUAUUUAACUUUUGCUACUCACCCAGAAGAUACCUCAGCAUGCACCAAAUCUUAAUUCAGCCUCCCCAUCUCCAUUGACUUGUCCCCCUCCUCCCCUUAAGAUUAAUCUAGCCUCGUAUAUGUACUAUGUAAUAAUGUACAUGUGUACCGACUUAGAUGCAUGUACAUAAAUGUUUUCUCAGGCGUGGUUUUGAUUCCCCGGUCGUACGUAACAAGGAGUAGUGUCGCCUGUACAACAUUGUGGGUUUUCUCCGAGUCCUCCGGUUUCCUCCCACUGAAAUAAAAUUGAAAUAUAUGUUAGUCCCAAGUGGACAUUGAACCCAUCUCUCUCUCUCUCUCUCUCUCUCUCUCUCUCUCUCCCAUUCCCACUAAAGUGUUUAUAGGGUAGUUAUUUCCAAUAAAGUAUGGCAUAUUUGGUAUGGAAAGUUGAGACACUAUAUGUCACAACAAAAAUACUGGAUUUCCUGGAAAACACUCAUGGGGCACUCACAAGACCAAAAUAUAAGGGUGUCACUAACUGGCAGCCUGUCUUCUUGAGUGACAUAAAGAGCGCUUCUUAUUUGUUGAUCUGGGAUGAAAAUAUGAGGUCUCAUGUACAUGUACAAAUUGGCGUGCAUAUGUAAAAGAAUCUUUGGCAGGUAGAAUUCGAUAUAAGAGUAGGCCGUAGUGCCGCUGUCCGGGCAAAAUUUCCCUCAGUGCACACUGUAUGGUGUAGGUCCGUCUUCAUUAACCCAGUCGAAGCAGAAUAGUAGGACAUUAAACCUCAUUUCAAUUAAAUUUUGUGCAAUUUCACAAUAGCAGACCUGGAUCAAGUUCUAUCGUGAGCAUUUUUUGUUUUAGGCUAAGUUUGAUAGCUUGAUGCUUAUUAAAAGAUAAAUGUGCAAUUAAUAUGUGUCAUCUAUUUAUUUAGGCAUGUUGUUUUUCAUUAACUUUAUUUGCAUUUAAUAAUAAUGAAACAUGAUCAUUUUUUUUGCAAUAAUUUGCUUGUUUCACAAUAAGACGAAUGUUUAAAUGUUGUUAUGUAGUGUAAAAUGCCAGUAGUUUUUUCUAGGGUCAAGAUUUUGUUGUUUUGUUAAUAAUAUUAUUACAGGUCACAGGUCAAGAUCUUGUUGCUUUGUUAAUAAUAUUAUUACAGGUCCAAAAAAAAAUUAUUUUGUUAAUACAAUUAUUACAGGCCAAGAUCUUGUUGUUUUGUUAAUAAUAUUAUUACUUGUCAAAAAAUAUUAUUAGAGGUCAAGAUCUUGUUGCUUUAUUAAAAAUAUUAUUAGAGGUCAAGAUCUUGUUGCUUUAUUAAUAAUAUUAUUACAGGUCAAAAAAAGAUAAAGAUCUUGUUGUUUUGUUAAUAAUAUUAUUACAAGUCAAGAUCUUGUUGUUUUGUUAAUAAUAUUAUUACAAGUCAAGAUCUUGGUGUUUUGUUAAUAAAAUUAUUACUGGUCAAGAUUUUGUUGUAAUAUUAUUAGGGGUCAAGAUUUUGUUGUUUAGUUAAUGAUAUUAUUACAGGUCAAGAUCUUGUCGCUUUGUUAAUAAUAUCAUUACAUAUAGGUGUAAAUGAUUUGAUGCUUAUUUAUCGAUUAUACUUGAUUUAUUCAAUAUUAAAGAUACACUACUUAAAAAGUUGGCCAUUCUUGCUAUAAUAAUUAAAAUAUUGAUGUUUUAAAGGAAAAAUAUUGAAAAUUUCAGUCAAAUUACUUUAUUCUGAACGGUGAAUGUUAGAUUACUCGGACAUUUAUUGAUUUAAUUUUAAAUGGGCGACUGUUUAAAUCCAAGCUGUAUCCAAGCCAUCCAAGGGUCUACAGAGUUGAUUUUGAGCUUGUCAUAUAAAUUAAUGUCUAAUUAAUAAUUUAGAUAACAUUUCAGGCCUAAAGAAAGACCUGCAAUAGGCAGAUUUAGCUCUUGCAUAAUGUAUGUUUAAUAUAUACAGGAUAUUACUAUUAAUUAUUAGUCACAUAUAA